AUGUCUCUAUCUCUUGAAUCACCCUUGGUGGUGGUGGGUGACCCAGUUUUUGACGGCAAGGUCAUCUUGUACGUGGUCAAAGCUGAUGAGACGUCCUACAUAAACUAUAUCAAGCCACUCAUCUUGGCCCGAGAGCUGAACGUUCCACAUGUCAUAGCCGUGAUAGACACAAAACAAGAGUGGUACUAUCGCAUCCAUCCGGAGCGGUAUGUGCCGGCGCUCAGAGACCAGGAUCCCCAAACCAAGGAAGAAAUUACUGUGUUCGAAGGAACGGCGUGUUUGGAGUAUCUCGCAUCAAGGUUUGACCAUGAUGGCACCUGGACCGGGAAAUCUGCGUAUGAGAAAGCGGCAGUCUUUUCAUGGACCGCUUAUCAGACAGCAGGGCUUGGGCCGACUGCUAAGUACUGGCUCUACUUCCUCAAAGGCUACCCCAAUAGAGCUGAGCCGGUUCAGUUGCCUCGCACCAUUGAAAAACUGCAUUCCAACUGCCUACGACAAUGGGAUAUAUUGAACCAGCGACUGGCACGUCCAGGUCAAGACUAUAUCGCCUUGAAGGAUCGUCCGACACUGGCAGACCUAUCGUAUCUUCCGUUUGCCAUGCCCUGGAUGUUUACUUUUCUUGGGGUCAAGAUCGAGGACUGGCCGUCUAUCAAGCAAUGGAGUGACCGAAUGUUGAGUCGACCAGCUGUGGACCGCGUUUUGAAGAUGGCACCGACUAUCGGUCACUAA